AUGGACUACAAGCUCCACAUUGGGACCGCGCCGGUGGUCCCGGUUUCGAUCCUCGACGCCCGUUUCCUCACUACGACCAAGGCGACGUGGAGUUACGCGGCCAAUGCAACCAACCAGUCGCUCGUGUACGCCAAGAAGCAGCUCUGUGACGCCAAGGGCGGUGUCGUGGCAACCCUCUCGCGCAAGGCUUUUCUCUGCGCCUACGACACGUACACGGUGGCAAGCCCGUACUUGCAAGUGCCCGGAACGAUCACGACCUCCGUCGACUACUGCCCGAGUCGCACGGCGUAUACUUGGGUCUUUGACAACCGCGGGUCCGAGCUCGAGUUGUCGGCCGCAGGCUUCUCGCUGCGCCCUGUGAUCACACUCUCAACGCCGACCCAAGAGACGCGCGUCGUCGCCACCGUCGGGGCCAACAACACGGUGACGAUCGAGGCUGGCGUCGAUGCGGCCGCCGUCCUCCUCCUCUGUCGCAUCUGGUCGUUCAACUUGAACAUGGGCUGGCUGCUUAUUGGUACCGAGAUGGUGCCCUUCGUACUCACGAUCGCCGCCUCGUGCACUUCGUUCAGCGCCAGUUCCUACGCGUAUUCCAACGACGGCGCCUCGACGUCGACGAGAGCCAGCCUGUGGCUUGCAGCAAGCAUUGCGUGGUUUGCCUGGACCUUUCUCAUGUUUGGCGCGAUGAAGUGCUUUGAUGCUUGGCUCUAGGCUGCAUAGCUAUCGAUUUCUAUAAUAAUGCAUGCCAGUACUCGUUAA